AUGAGAAUAUUAUUAGGCUUUUGCGAGGAUUACAAACGCGUGGUGGUGAACGCUCGACACAAACUUAUUUUGAUACGCGCGCGCAACGAUAACAAUUGCAUCGUAGCGACAGCGAGUGCUAAGAAUCCUAAAAUCGUUCUUUCGAGGGUGCAAUGGCGAAUGCCGCACAUUGUGUUGAACGACGUUAACAAAUUAUCGCUUUUGCGAACACUGGAGAGCGGACGAUUUUUAAGCGUUGGAUUUCGCUCGUGGGAUCUGUAUGAAUUUCCUUUACUGCAGAGCACGACCAAGCACUCGUGGGCUGUAAAAACCACGGCGCAACUAGAGAAACCGCGAUACGUUAUCUUUGCGCUACAGACUGGACGAAGAAACGUGUUGACAAGCGACUCUUCGCCUUUCGAUCAUUGCAAGCUCACCAACGUCAAACUGUAUUUGAAUUCAGAUUUCUAUCCCUAUGAUGAUAUGAAUCGGGAUAUAGAUAAUAAUAAGUUUGCUAUACUGUACGACAUGUAUGCAAAAUUUCAGAGAUCGUACUAUGGACGAAAGCUCGAUGAUGCGUAUCUAAAUGUACAAUCAUUCAUAACGUCCGGCCCAUUCGUAGUGAUCGAUUGCUCUCGUCAGAACGAGGCUGUGAAGAGCGCCACCGUGGACAUUCGCGUAGAGUUUGAAUGCAAGGAUAACGUUCCAUCCGACACCAUAGCGUAUUGUCUUAUCAUUCAUGAUAGAGUCAUUCAGUACAGCCCGUUGACGAACGUCGUACGCAAGAUUGUGUAG